AUGGAUGAAGGGUCGUCUGAGUUUGUAAUUCAUACCCCUGUUUCUCAAAGAAUUCGGCAGCAGGUACAAACAAUAGCUCUCCUGUGGCAGGGAGUUGACAAUGAUGGGCCGGUGUAUGUGAAAGUGCCUUUUUCAGUGACGGAUUUGAUGGCUUGGAAGCAGGCAGCAAGAGUGUACAGAAAGGAUCCUGAAAGAACAGGCAGAGUAGUAGAUACUAUCAUCAGAACACAGAAUCCGGAUUGGAGUGAUUUACAGGUGAUUUUAGCUAAUUUGUUAGAUGAUACAGAAAAACAGAUGCUGGCAAAGGAGCUUGAAACACGGAAACAGGACAAACCAAAACCUGGACAUUUGCUUUUACAAUAUGUGGAUGACACACUGAUUGCUACAGAAGGAAGAUUUACCUGCAUACAGGAUGGGAUAAGGCGUGGCCGGCCAAGAGCAGACACUGUCCGUGACCUGAUCAGUGAAGGAGAGCACUCUUCCAGCAGGAUACGUUGCAAUAUCUGCAACAGGGUCUUUCCACGAGAGAAAUCCCUUCAGGCCCACAAGCGAACUCAUACCGGUGAAAGGCCUUAUUUGUGUGACUACCCAGAUUGCGGGAAAGCCUUUGUUCAGAGUGGGCAGCUCAAAACUCACCAGCGUCUCCACACAGGGGAGAAACCUUUCGUCUGCUCGGAGAAUGGCUGUUUAAGCAGAUUCACGCAUGCAAACCGUCAUUGCCCCAAACAUCCAUAUGCCCGACUGAAGAGGGAAGAGCUCCCAGACAGGCUGAGUAAGAAGCAGACGGCUGACAAUAAAGCUGUGGCUGAGUGGCUAGCAAAAUACUGGGAGACUAGAGAACAGCGUGCUCCUGCUUUGAAAACUAAAACAAUCGAGAAAACAGAUCAGGAACAGCAGGACCCAAUGGAAUAUCUUCCGUCUGAUGAAGAGGAUGAUGAAGAGGGAAACAGCGCUCAUUCAGCUGCUCGCCGCCUCCGCCUCCAGGAACAGCGUGAACGCAUGCAUGGUGCACUGGCUCUCAUUGAGCUUGCAAACCUAGCUGUGGCACCACUGCGACAGUAGAUGGGAACAGAGUCUGCCUAUACAAAAUGUACUUCUGGGUGGUACUUAACCAGUUAGAUCCUGAGCAUAAGCUAAGCACCUUAUUUGCUUCUUAUAGGCUGCUAUUCUGUAGAAUUUAUGAAGAAUGUUGUUGCCCCGUAACAUGGGGUGAGAGAAUUGCACUUUUUGUAGGUUAAAAGACAGUUGUAAAGUUUCUAAGUCUUUUGUAAAUACAGGACUGCAUAAUGCAGGGUUGACAAAUUUAUGUGUUGUGGGAAGCUAGAUUUUGCAAGGUUAACUCAUUUAUUUGAAUCAGUUUUCAUAGAAAGCACUUUCUGAAGAAGGUGUUUGUGAUUAGCAGAAUGAUACACAUGGCCAAAGAAGGCUGACACAAAGAAAAGUAUUUAUUUGACUUGAAGCACAUUUUUAAUUAAGUGGUAGGUCUGAAGAUGCUGUUAAGCAGCAAUGAAAUAACAUUUCUUUAGUGUUGUCAGUGUAUUUUUACCUAGUAUAACUGAGGUGGGAGGCAAAACUCAGUUAACUUGAAGAGGGGAAGAAAAUGCUUCAUGCAGGAAAUUGAUUGUUCAGGAUUUUCACUGUGACUGCUCAAGGUAGGAGGCUUGACUUUGCCAUUUAAAAUUUUCUAAUUUGAUUUCAGUAGAAUCUCUUGGCAGCACUUGUUAUUCCUAAUGUGAUGUUAGGAAGUUUUGCACGUAUUUUGGUUUAUCUGAAAAUGAUUAGUCUUGCAAAGUCUAGACAAAGGUAGACAUUAGGUAGUAUUUUUUUUCAGAUGUUUUUGGACCCUGUAGUGAUUUGGCACUUGAUUUUCUUAAUAAAGGGGAUAUUUACAGGGUGGUAUGGAUAUGUAGUAAAGUAUUGUAGACCUCUUAUUAGCAAACACUAAGUUUUGAAGUAUUGCUUUUAUAUGAUUAUUAGCGAAUAGAAGCCUCCAUACUUUCUGUGCAUAAAGCCACCUUAUUGCUUUACUUCAGGAUAACAUGCCGAUUUUUUUGUUCACUAACAGUAGCACAGCUAUUAAUUAAACACUGCAGAAAAGUAUUCACUAUA